AUGACCACUCCGAAUCCGAAGCGCAAGAGGCUAAUUGAAAAGUCGCUGCCACCAAAGAUUGAGGCGUACAUUCCCGAGUCGCGUCUCUACAUGCAACUGCAGGCGCUGGAGCGCAAACUCGACACCAAAAUCGUGCGCAAGCGCCUGGAAGUGCAGGAGGCCCUUGGGAAGCCCGUUUACAAAAAGCGCAUUCUUCGAAUCUUUGUUUCCAAUUUGGCCGCUAACCAGUCUGCCGUUCCCAAUGACGACUCGGACAUGGGUGACCUACUGCAGCGCGAGGCCGAUGCGCCUUCAUGGACACUGCGCGUAGAGGGUCGUCUGGUGGACCCGCCGGGCACGACAUGGAAGACGCGCCCGCCGCCACACAAGUUUAGCGAGUUCCUAAACUCAAUGGUGGUCGAGCUGGACCGCAACACUGAGCUUUUCGGCGACAACACAGUGCAGUGGCGCCGCGCAGCCGCCGAGAACGACGUUGACGGCUUUGAGAUUAAGCGUCGCGGCGACGAGGACGUGCGAGCAAAGAUUAUGUUGGACAUUCGCACGGCCACGGACCGCUUCAAGGUCAAUAGCCCGCUGCUGCGGGAGUUGCUGGACAUCCGCGGCAACAUCUCCAAAUCUGCCUUCAUCAUGAAGCUGUGGCAGUACAUUAAGCUCAACGACCUGCAGGAUGCCGAGGACCCUGACUUGAUACGCUGCGACGCCGGUCUGGCGCAGGCAUUCAACUCACACGUCAUUUCCUUCACUGCCAUCCCGCAGAUGCUGCACGCGUUCAUGUCGCGCCCCGACCCACUGGUCAUUGAGUACACGGUGCGCGUACACGAGGGCGACUUCCACAUGGCACAGUACGCGUUUGAUGUUGAGGUCGAGGUCGAGGAGGUCUCGCGCCAGGGCGCUGGCCCGCUGGCCAACGUACAGGCGCGCAACCGUGAGCUGGCCCAGAUCGACGCACAGCUGGCCCAGAAAAUGCAAGAAAUACACAACGCCCGCACGAAGCGCGACUUUUUACGCAAUUUCUCCGAAGACCCCGUCGCCUUCAUCCACCGCUGGAUGACAACCAGACCAAGGACCUCGAGGUUAUUUUGGGCGACAGACGCCACGGCCUUGAAGCUGCACUUAGCGCCAUCAUGGCUGCCGACAGCUCUUCCAACGAGAUGA